GCCUUCCAUAUUAUUUGAGAAGCGCUGAAGUGCACGGAUCAGAACACGUGUUUCGCCGUAUUUCGUUUGGUGGUGCUGUCAUAUGUAAAGAAUAAACACUUUCUGAGGCUAAUAUGUAAGCUGUUAGUAAUAUAAAGUCCACGGUGUCCCAUGUUAUCAUGCCCCACGGGGUUUCAUCUCGCUUCCUGAUACUAUACGGGUCACAGAAAGGUCAAGCACAGUCCAUAGCCGAGCAGCUCUGUGAGCAGGCAGUCGAGCAUGGCUUUGAAGCAGAGAUCAGCUGCCUGAGCCUGGAGGACAAGUACAACUUGGAGAAAGUACACAGCCCUGUGGUUUUCGUCGUUUCCACAACGGGAGAUGGUGAACCUCCAGACACGACGCUGAAAUUUGUGAGGAGGAUCAGGAAGAAAUCUCUUCCCCGUGAUCACUUUUCUCAUCUGAACUAUGCACUGUUAGCUUUGGGGGACACCAAUUAUACAAACUUUUGCAAUUGUGGAAAAACCAUCGACAGCCGUCUACAGGAACUUGGAGCAAAUCAUUUCUAUGCAACUGGUCUUGCUGAUGAUGGGACAGGGCUGGAAGUAGUUGUGGACCCGUGGAUUGAUGGACUUUGGGACGCUCUAAAGAAGAUAUUUACCAAAAUGUCGGCCUCUGAUCUCAUUAGUGACAUUUCUCUGAGCAGUGCUCAUCAAUCACUAGCCAUCCAGGAGAAACUCGAGUCGUCUGCACAAAGCCUCCAACUGCUGGAUAUUAGCGACGUGGAUGUAGGAAAAUCCAGAGCGGAAUCCGAAGCAGAGAGCCGCGAUGCAGAAGCUCCUACGGCGGCGUCUUUGAAUCGAUCCAUCGCGCCACUCUCUCAGUCUUCACUCAGCAUCCCUGCGCUUCCUCCAUCUUACCUGGAGGUGUGCUUGGGAGAUGUACUUGCUGAAAAGGAGGAAAUUCACGUCGUUGCACAAGACUUUCACGAAGUACCGAUUUCAAGAGCGCUCCGUUUAACUCGAGAUGAUGCAGUGAAACCGGUCAUCCUGCUGGAGUUUGAUAUCAAGGAUGAAAAUAUUUCAUACCAGCCUGGUGAUGCGUUUGACCUCCUCUGUCCAAACAGAGACAAGGAAGUGGAACAGUUGCUUCACAGACUGGGGCUACAUGACAAAAGGAAUCAUUCUGUUCAACUGCAGCUGCUCAAAAACACCAAAAAGAAGGGAGCACGAGUACCUGCCUACAUCCCAGAAAAGUGUACGCUACAGUAUCUUCUAACCUGGUGCUUGGAGUUAAGAAGUAUACCCAAAAAGGGUUUUUUGCGGUCUCUGGUGGACUUCACACAGGAAAAUCAGGAGAAAAGACGACUGCAGGAGUUGUGUAGCCGUGAGGGAGCGGCAGACUAUGAUAGAUUUGUGAGGAACCCCAGCGUGUGUAUACUGGACCUUCUGUGUGUUUUUCCAUCCUGCAUGCCUCCUCUCAGCCUCCUCAUUGAGCAUUUACCGAAGCUGCAGGCUCGGGCGUACUCAGCCGCGAGCUCCAGUCUGUGCCACCCUGGAAAGGUCCAUAUUGUAUUCAGCGUUGUGGGGUUUCCAGCAUGUGCUGAGCAUCCGGAGAGGACGGGAUUGUGUACAGGAUGGCUAGUGGAUCGUGUGUCCGCCAUCAUUGAGACCAACGGGACCAAACAGGCUUCACAAAAGAAUGGAGAUUUUGCAGAAUUUCCCAAGGUCCACAUUCGUCCUCGUCUCAACAACACCUUCCACUUACCUUCUGACCCUACUGUUCCCAUGGUGAUGGUAGGACCAGGGUCUGGUGUUGCACCUUUCAUAGGCUUCCUUCAGCAAAGGGAAAAGGAGCGAGAGAGAAACCAGGACAUCGCUUUCGGUGAGACUUGGCUCUUCUUCGGCUGCAGACAUAAAGACAGAGACUUCAUCUUCAGAGAGGAGUUGGAGAAGUUUGUAGAGAACGGAACACUGAACCAUCUGAAAGUGUGUUUCUCUCGAGCUGAGCCAGACUCUAACGGUUCCCAAUCCAAACCCAAAUAUGUUCAGCAUAACCUUGUCCAUUAUGCCGAACACGUCGCUCGCAUUCUGCUCAAAGAAAACGGCUGUCUCUACGUCUGUGGCGAUGCUAAGAACAUGGCCAAAGACGUGAACGAUACUCUGAUGGAGAUCAUAGGGGAGGAGCUUCAGGUGGAUAAACUGGAGUCUAUGAAGACUAUAGCGAAACUGCGAGAGGAGAAACGAUACCUGCAGGAUAUUUGGAGCUGAAGAGAGAAAUCUUCUUGUUUUGACUUUGAACCUCUAGCAUUUGCUCAUUGGUGGCUGGAUUAAUCAUAUAUGCAUUAUGUGUAUAUUAACAUUUCAAAGGAGUUGAACUGCACUGUCUGAUUAACCACAACAGACCAGACAUGUGCCAUUACUGACUUUUGGCAACAACUCAUGGCAACAGCCUUAAUCAAUGACAUGUUUGAGGAUGUUGCCAUGUUGAUAUCGCGUAUCGACACAUACGAUGAUGCCUUAAUCUCAGGUCAACAGAUUGCUGUCCAGAAAACUGUGUCUAUUUAGGCAGCCCCUUUCCAUGUGGACAUUAUUUUAUGAUUUUAACAUCAAAUUAUAUUGUAGACCAGACAGAUCAGACCGUGCCUUUUAUGCAUUUUAACGACUGACAGUGACGUCUUCUGAUUCAGAAUUUAUAGGUCAUAUAAUAUAAUAUAGCAUAUCUGGAUGCAAUGAAUCAGAUAUUGACAGAUUUCUUCCAGAUGUGUAGAACAAAUAUUUAACAGGACAGACUGGGAAUACUAUCAGUUUAGUUUUGUAAUCCAAAUUUUGUUUUAGACAAAUACGUAGUUCAGAUUCAGCUGUGGUUUCUUUCACCACAUGGUCUAUUUUAAAAUUCCUCUAAGUGAAUCGAUCGUUUUAUCCAUUACAAAAUUCACUUUUUCACUUCUGGCACUGUACGUGACUGACGUGUCAGUCUUUUUGUUGCAGAGAAUAAAGUCAUGAAUCAUGCCA